UGCGCCGCCAUUAAGAGCGAGCCCUCAGAACUGUCCUCUCUAAGGCGUCACACUCCUGGCCAAGAUGGCCGUCUCGGCUCUAGCACCUCCCCCACUCCUGCCACUCCCAACAUGGCGACCCUGACUCGCUGUUCCUGGUGCGGGACGAACUACCGGUAGUGACGCCUCCCAGAUAUUUCCGCUUUCUCUUUGCAGCUGGAACCGUGCCUGCGGAACAAGACGGGUGCGGUGGCUACUGACCUUUGCCCCGGCCUCGUCGUGGGGAUACAGCGCAUCUCCUCGCCGUCGGCUUCCUCCUACAGAACCCGUUUCGGGCCUGAGAGCCUCUGGUGAAAUGCUGCUGCCGCUGCUUCUGCUGCUACCCUUGUGCUGGGCGGUGGAGGUCAAGAGGCCCCGGGGCGUCUCCCUCACCAAUCAUCACUUCUACGAUGAGUCCAAGCCUUUCACCUGCCUGGACGGUUCAGCUACUAUCCCAUUCGAUCAGGUCAACGAUGACUAUUGCGACUGCAAGGAUGGCUCUGAUGAGCCAGGCACGGCUGCCUGUCCUAACGGCAGCUUCCACUGCACCAACACUGGCUAUAAGCCCCUAUAUAUCCCCUCCAACCGCGUCAACGAUGGCGUUUGUGACUGCUGCGAUGGAACAGACGAAUAUAACAGCGGCGUCGUCUGUGAAAACACCUGCAAAGAGAAGGGCCGUAAGGAGAGAGAGUCACUGCAGCAGAUGGCUGAGGUCACCCGAGAAGGGUUCCGCCUGAAGAAGGUCCUUAUUGAGGACUGGAAGAAGGCUCGGGAGGAGAAGCAGAAAAAGCUCAUUGAGCUCCAGGCUGGGAAGAAGUCUCUGGAAGACCAGGUGGAGAUGCUGCGGACAGUGAAGGAGGAAGCUGAGAAGCCAGAGAAAGAGGCCAAAGAGCAGCACCAGAAGCUGUGGGAAGAGCAGCUGGCUGCCACCAGAGCCCAGCGGGAGCAGGAGCUGGCGGCCGACGCCUUCAAGGAGCUGGAUGACGACAUGGAUGGGAUGGUCUCACUGACCGAGCUGCAGACUCACCCGGAGCUGGACACAGAUGGGGACGGGGUGUUGUCAGAAGCGGAAGCUCAGGCCCUCCUCAGUGGGGACACUCAGACAGACGCUACCUCUUUCUACGACCGAGUCUGGGCCGCCGUCAGGGACAAGUACCGGUCUGAGGCACUACCCACUGACCUUCCAGCACCUUCUGCCCCCGACUUGACGGAGCCCAAGGAGGAGCAGCCGCCAGUGCCCUCGCCGCCCACAGAGGAGGAGGAGGAGGAGGACGAGGAGGCUGAGGAGGAGGAGGAGGAGGAGGAGGAGGAGGGUUCCGAGGUGCAGGGGGAACAGCCUAAGGAGGCCCCCCCGCCACUGGCCCCACCACAGCCGGCCAGCCCCGCAGAGGAAGACAAAAUGCCGCCGUAUGAUGAGCAGACUCAGGCCUUCAUCGACGCUGCCCAGGAGGCCCGAAACAAGUUCGAGGAGGCCGAGCGAUCCCUGAAGGACAUGGAGGAGUCCAUCAGGAACCUGGAGCAGGAGAUUUCCUUUGACUUUGGCCCUGAUGGGGAGUUUGCCUACCUGUACAGCCAGUGCUACGAGCUCACCACCAACGAAUACGUCUACCGCCUCUGCCCCUUCAAGCUUGUCUCGCAGAAACCCAAACUCGGGGGCUCUCCCACCAGCCUCGGUACCUGGGGCUCGUGGGCUGGCCCCGACCACGACAAGUUCAGUGCCAUGAAGUACGAGCAAGGCACGGGCUGCUGGCAGGGCCCCAACCGCUCUACCACCGUGCGCCUCCUGUGUGGGAAGGAGACCAUGGUGACCAGCACCACCGAGCCCAGCCGCUGCGAGUACCUCAUGGAGCUGAUGACGCCGGCCGCCUGCCCUGAGCCCCCGCCUGAAGCACCCACAGAGGGCGACCAUGACGAGCUCUAGCUGGCUAGGCACAGAGAACCUCAAGACUGUUGUGAAACCAGCCCCUGCAGUGCUGUCCACCCACCCCUCCCGGGCCUGCCUGUGGCUCUGUCGCCCUCCUCUGUGGGUAACAGGACCUAUAUGGGGCUUCCUGCCCUGCUCUGAGGCCCAGGCGGAGCUGGUCCGUAUUCCUAGGCCCCAGCGGCCUCCCAAGAUGGGAUAAAGGAGCUUGCCCUCCCUGGGCCCCCCACCACCCCCAGCCCUACCCCUGCCUCCCCUCCUGUUGGGGACCAGUGAAUGACUUGACCUGUGACCUCAAUACAAUAAAUGUGAUCCCCCACCCAAA